CCUGCUGUGUGUGGAUCUUCUCAAGAACAUGUUAGUACAACUUCUCAGGGAGAGAUUCCUCCUCAUGGUGUAUCUGAAUAUGGCUCUGAAGCGGACACAGUGGAGUCUUUUGAUCAGCCAAUGCCACUAGAAACCACUCCAGUUCCCGUGGAAGUUGAGAAACCUAGCUUCCAUACUGUUGGAAUACAAGACCCUACUGCUGAAGCAGUUGAUAUAAUGCCAGAAUCCGUGGAAAAGUCAGGUUUCAUGACUGACAUUGGUUUGUGGCCCAACUCAUCUACUCUGGAGAUGCAGUAG